GAUGGCAGCCCUCCAGCGAAGAGAAUGAUGACAGACAUUCGUGCAAAUGGAAGAGUGAUCAGCAAGGUGCCGGCGGUUAAGGAGAAGCGCAUGGACGACUGUGCGCAGAGUCCCGGGGAACCCACCGGGGAGCACGGCAGGCGCGCCCGUGCCUCUGUGCCUGAGCCUUUCAGUCUGAAUCCCAGUUUGAAUCACACAUUGGCAUAGUUCCACCUGAGCAGUCAGAGCUCCCUGGGUGGACCAGCGGCGUUCUCUGCCCGCUAUUCCCAAGAAAGUAUGUCACCCACUGUGUUCCUGCCUCUGCCCUCCCCUCAGGUUCUCCCUGGCCCUCUGCUCAUCCCUCCCGACAGCUCCACAGAGCUCACCCAGACCGUGCUGGAAGGGGAGUCUAUUUCUUGUUUUCAAGUUGGAGGAGAAAAGAGACUCUGUUUGCCCCAAGUCUUAAACUCUGUUCUCCGAGAAUUUACACUCCAGCAGAUAAACACAGUGUGUGAUGAACUGUACAUAUACUGUUCCAGAUGUACUUCAGACCAGCUCCACAUCCUGAAGGUCCUGGGAAUCCUCCCGUUCACCGCCCCAUCCUGUGGGCUGAUCACCUUAACUGAUGCACAAAGAUUAUGUAACGCUUUAUUGCGGCCAAGAACUUUUCCUCAAAAUGGUAGCAUACUUCCUGCUAAAAACUCCUUGGCCCAGUUAAAGGAAACUGGCAGUGCCUUUGAAGUGGAGCAUGAGUGUCUGGGCAAAUGUCAGGGUCUGUUUGCACCCCAGUUUUAUGUUCAGCCCGAUGCUCCGUGUAUCCAGUGUCUGGAGUGCUGCGGGAUGUUCGCGCCCCAGACCUUCGUGAUGCAUUCCCACAGGUCACCUGACAAGAGGACUUGCCACUGGGGCUUUGAAUCAGCCAAAUGGCAUUGCUAUCUUCACGUGAACCAAAAAUACUUAGGGACACCUGAAGAAAAGAAACUAAAGAUAAUUUUGGAAGAAAUGAAGGAGAAAUUUAGCAUGAGAAAUGGGAAGAGAAGUCAAUCCAAGACGGACACACCACCUGGGAUGGAGGUGCAGUCAUGGUGCCCUGUGAUAAAGCAGGAAGGUGACCACGUUCCUCAGACACACUCAUUUUUACACCCCAGUUACUACUUAUACAUGUGUGACAAAGUAGUCGCCCCUAAUGUGUCACUUACUUCUGCUGUGUCCCAGUCUAAAGAGAUCACCAAAGCAGAGGCAAGUAAGUCCAUGUCCAGACAGGCAGAGAAGCCUCAUGGUAGCAGUAAGCAUCAGAAAACAGCAUCUUAUCCAGAUGUCUCACUUGAGGAGCAGGAGAAAAUGGAUUUAAAAACAAGCAGAGAAUUAUGUGGCCAUUUAGACUCAUCAAUCUCAAAUAAUUCUACAAGUAAAAAAAAGUCUGAGUCGACUGCUUGCAAGUUCGUCAGAGACCCAAGCAAGGUGGGGCUUGGCCGUGACGCUGCAGCUUCCUCUCCACUGCUUGUCAGAGAUGUCAUUUGUGAGGAUGAUAAGGGAAAAAUCAUGGAAGAAGUAAUGAGAACUUACGUAAAACAACAGGAAAAACUGAACUCAAUUUUGCAAAAAAAGCAACAACUUCAGAUGGAAGUGGAAAUGUUGGGCAGCUCACGGGCUAUGAAGGAGCUGACUGAGGAGCAGCAGAAUUUGCAGAGAGAGCUUGAAUCAUUGCAGAAUGAACAUGCUCAAAGAAUGGAAGAAUUUUAUGUUGAACAGAAAGAUUUAGAGAAAAAAUUGGAACAAGUAAUGAAGCAAAAAUGCUCCUGUGACUCGAAUUUGGAAAAAGAUAAGGAGGCGGAGUACGCAGCCCAGUUGGCGGAGCUGAGGCAGAGACUGGACCACGCCGAGGCCGACAGGCAGGAACUCCAGGACGAGCUCAGACAGGAGCGGGAGGCAAGGCAGAAGUUAGAGAUGAUGAUAAAGGAGCUCAAGCUGCAAAUUCUGAAAUCAUCAAAGACUGCUAAAGAAUAGAGAUUGAUCUGCGUGUCACUGACGGGUCUUUGGUUUGCUGCUUGCUUUGGGCGUUGAUUC